AUGUGCAUCCUUGUACAGAUGCGCAGCACCAGGAAGGUGUCGGUGUGGCCGGUGGCCUUCGUCGGGGGCUUGCGCUACGAGUCGCCCAAGGUGAACGCUGCAGGGAAGGUCUAUGGCUGGAAAACUGUGUUCGACCCCCAUCGCCCCUUUGCGAUAGACAUGGCGGGCUUUGCCGUGAACCUCAGACUCAUUCUCCAGCGAUCUCAGGCGUACUUCAAACUGCGAGGAGUGAAGGGAGGCUACCAGGAGAGCAGCCUGCUGCGGGAACUAGUGACCUUGAAUGACCUUGAGCCGAAAGCUGCCAAUUGCACUAAG